GAACUGCAUUGUGGUCGCUGUAGUCCACUGCGCAAAUUCACCUCGCUGUUGUAGAGGAAGUUUGGCGCGCGUGCGCUCUCCGUGCGGAAGUACGUCACAGGCGGGAAAAAGGAGGCAGUCCGGCGGUGUGCAGUUUGUCUCUCAGAGUCACGAUGUCAAAAAUCGAGAAGAUGAGCAUCCUCGGCGUGAGGAGUUUUGGAGUGGAGGAUAAGGACAAGCAGAUCAUUUCGUUCUUCAGUCCUCUGACGGUGCUGGUCGGCCCGAACGGAGCCGGAAAAACGACUAUUAUUGAGUGUCUGAAAUACGUCACCUCGGGAGAUUUUCCACCGGGAAGUAAAGGAAACACUUUUGUUCAUGAUCCGAAGGACGCCCAUGAAACAGAUGUACGCGCUCAGAUCCGGCUGCAGUUCAGAGACGUUAACGGCGAGCCUGUAGCAGUUCAGCGUUCCAUGCAAAGCACACAGAAGGGCAAAAAAGCGCCCGAGUUCAAAACCCUUGAAGGAGUCAUCACCAGAAUAAAGCAUGGAGAAAAGGUUAGUCUGAGCUCAAAAUGUGCUGAGAUAGACCGUGAGAUGAUCUCAGCUCUGGGUGUUUCAAAAGCAGUGCUCAACCAUGUCAUCUUCUGCCACCAAGAGGAGUCUAACUGGCCUCUCAGCGAAGGAAAAGCCCUCAAGCAGAAGUUUGAUGAGAUUUUCUCAGCGACGAGGUACAUCAAGGUGCUGGAGACCCUUCGUCAGUUAAGGCUGAAGCAGGCCAACACUGUCAAAUCCUGUCAGAUGGAGCUGAAAUAUCUGAAGCAGAAUAAGGAAAAGGCUCAGGAGAUCAAGGAGCUGCUGUCCACUAAAGAAGCUCAGCUAGCAGCUUCUAAAGAAAGUGUCCAGCGCAUUGAGAACCAGAUCGACCCCAUGGAGAAUCGGUUGAAUGACAUUGAUGACAAUCUAGGCAAAGUCAUGAAACUGGAUAAUGACAUCAAGGCUCUGGACAGCAGGAAGAAACAGAUGGAAGAUGACAAUCGUGAAUUAGAGGAGAAGAUGGAGCAGGUGUUUCAGGGUUCAGAUGAGCAGCUGCAGGAGAUGUAUGAGAAUCACCAGCUCACUGUGAAGAAAAAAGAGAAGAGACUCACAGAAUGUCAGCGUGAUCUGGAGAGGGCAGGUCGUGAGUGCCAGAGGAUGAACUACAUCAAAUCAGACCUUCUCGUUGAACAGGGUCGUCUCCAGAUGGAAGCAGACAAGCAGGUGUUGCAUGUAAAGAACCGAGAUGCUCAGGUGAAGUCAUUAGCUUCUUACCUGGAAAUGGAAGGAUAUGACAGAGCUCCUUUCAAUGAGAGACAGCUCCAGAGCUUCCAUAAACAAGUCAGAGAGAGACAGGAUCAAGAGGCCGAGGCUCUCAACAGGGUUAUGACUGAUCUACAAGAGAAAGAAACACAGAAGCAGCAGAACAUUGAUGAGAUUCGUGAUAAGAAGACAGGCUUAGAGAGGACCAUCGAGCUGAAGAAGGAUAUACAGGCCAAGAAGCAGCAAGAGUUAAAGAACAUCAAGUCUGACCUACAGAGACUGGAAGGUUCCUCAUCCAGACUUCAGGAGCUAGAGGCUGAGCUCACAAAAGCAGAGCGAGAGCUGGAGAAGGCUGUGCAAGAUUCCACUGUGGACCGUCUGAAGAUGGAGGUGCAGGAGCUACAGAGAGAAAAGGUGGAAUUGGACCAGGCCCAGCGCAAACUCGACCAGGAAAUGGAAACCCUCAAUAUACACACCACAGCACGCACACAGAUGGACAUGCUGAAGAAAGAUAAAACUGAUAAAGAAGAUCAGAUAAGGAAGAUCAAGUCCAGGCACAAUGAAGACCUGGUUUCUCUUCUGGGCCACUUUCCUAACAAGAGAGAGCUUGAGGACUGGAUUCAUAGCAAAUCUAGAGAGAUCAACUCUAUCAGAGAGAAGCUGAGCAAGCUCAAUAAGGAGCUGGCAUCCAGAGAGCAAACCAAGAGUCACUGUACAGCUGAGAUUCGACGCAAAGAGCAGCAGGUGGUCAGCUACGAGGAGAAACUCUUCAAUGUGUGCGGUAGUCAGGACUUCCAGUCUGAUCUGAGCAAAUUGCAGGAUGACCUGGAGAAGUGCUCCAAGCAGAGAGCGAUGCUGGCGGGGGCCACGGCCGUGUACACCCAGUUCAUCAGCCAGCUGACGGAGGAGGGAGAGCCGUGCUGCCCGGUGUGUCAGCGUGUCUUCCCCUCAGAGGCUGAGCUCCAGGACGUCAUUAAUGACAUGCAGUCCAAACUGCGUCUGGUGCCGGACAAGCUGAAAAACACGGAGCAGGACCUGAAGAGGAAGGAGCGCAAGCGUGAUGACAUGAUGGCCCUCAAACCCGUCAGACAGUCUAUUGCAGAGCUGCAGGAGAAGGAUCUGCCAGAGUUAAGGAAUAAACUGCAGAGUGUGAACCGUGAAAUAGAGAAAUUGAAGAAAGACACUGAGGAGCAGGAGAGUCUGCUGUCUCUGUUGAUGUCUGAGGAGGACACGGCCAAAGCCUGCCUACAGGACAUUUCCCUCAUGGACCGCUACCAGCUGGAUCUGAAGGAUGUGGAGAGGAAGAUAGCGGGGCAUACAGCCAAGCUUCAGGGUGUGGACCUGAGCCGCACAAUGCAGCACGUCAGCCAAGAGAAACAGGAGGUUCAGCAUCGCCUUGACACCACCUGCAGUAAGAUGGAGCUGAAACGCAAACUCAUCCAGGACCAGCAGGAGCAGAUACAGGCCCUAAAGAGUAGUGUGAAUGAGAUCCGUGCUGAAAAGCUUCAGAUUUCCAGUAACAUGCAGAAGCAGCAGCAGCUGGAAGAGCAGUGUUUGGAGUUUAGUGCAGAAAUUCAGCAACUGAACAGAGAAAUACGGGAUGCCAAGGAGCAGGUCUCUCCACUGGCCAUCACUUUAGAGAAGCUCCAGCAUGAGAAGCAGGAUCUGAUUGAGCGCAGAAAGCAAAAACAAAGUGAAGGCCAGGAGAAGAUUGAUGCUAUCAAAGAGAGAGUUAAAAAUUUGGCCAUUUUAGAAAGAGAAAUAACCAAGUACAUUGAAGAGGGCAAGGAUGACUACAAGCAGCAAAAAGAGGCAGAACUUCAGGAGAUAAAUGCUCAGCUGAUUGAAGCUGAGAAACAGCGAGAGAAAAUCAACAUCGACAUAGCUAAUAUCCGGCAAGAUAUAGACACUCAAAAGGUCCAAGAGCGCUGGCUUCAGGAUAAUCUGACCCUGAGAAAGCGUGUGGAGGAGCUGAAGGAGGUUUCCAAGAGGAGAGAGGUCUUACUGAAGGAGAUGGGCAACAUGCAGGUCAUGGAGCUACGCAAUGAGCGGCGGGAGUUGGAGCGGAAGGUGGAGGACCUGAAGAAGAAUCGCAGUGUGGCUUUGGGGCGACAGAAGGGCUUUGAGGAGGAGAUCCUGCGUUUUCGCAAGGAACUUCGUGAGGAUCAGUACUGCCAGGCUGAGGAGAGAUUCCGGGACAAGAUGAUAAUCAUGAGGACCACUGAGCUAGCUAACAAGGACCUGGACAUCUACUAUAAAGCACUGGACCAAACAAUCAUGAAGUUUCACAGUAUGAAGAUGGAAGAGAUCAACAAAAUCAUUCGAGACCUGUGGAGGAGUACAUAUCGUGGACAAGAUAUUGAAUAUGUAGAGAUCCGCUCUGAUGUGGAUGAAAAUGUCUCUGCUGGUACGAAGAGACGAGUCUACAACUACAGAGUGGUCAUGGUCAAAGGAGACACAGCUUUAGACAUGCGAGGACGCUGCAGUGCUGGACAGAAGGUUUUGGCGUCGCUCAUCAUCCGGUUGGCUUUGGCAGAGACGUUCUGUCUGAACUGUGGAAUCCUUGCACUUGAUGAACCCACUACCAAUCUGGACAGAGAGAACAUAGAGUCUUUAGCCCACGCCUUGGUGGAAAUCAUCAAGAGUCGCUCUCGGCAGCGUAACUUCCAGCUGCUCAUCAUCACCCACGAUGAGGAUUUUGUGGAGCUUCUGGGUCGCUCCAACUACAUGGAGCACUUCUACAGGAUCAAGAAGAACCAAGACCAGUGCUCCGAGAUCUCCAAGUGCUGCAUCACAAGUCUAACCAGCUACCUGCGCUAAUACACUCAGCCUACAUCACACACAGGAAUGAAGAUUUAACGCAGGGAAGUGUGACUGAUGAAUACAAGUGAAAUUUAAAAACCGUAAAGGAUUAUAUCCAAAAUUAAACAAAAAGCAUAAGGACUCACUGGUCUUUGCAACACUACUGAAUUAUGUUCAAUUUUAGUUUUGAAAAGUUGCUUAACUAUUUCGGUUACUUUCUUUGUUAACACUGUACACCAAAAAAAAAUUAUUAUAUAAGACCACACUUAGCAAGUCUGUAAAGCCUGGAUAUACACAGUAUAUAUGGCCAUUACAGGGGAAACCACGUUGCUCUGACAUGCUAAUUUCGCUAGUACGAUAAACAGUGAAAUUCCACUUCAUUGUACUGAUAUUUGUAUUUUUACUGCAGGAUAAAACACAGGAAACAAUCACUUAAUAAAAUGAACAUCAUCUCUGUAUUCAAUAUAAAACUUGUUAGAAUUAUUAACCAUAACUUUGUGUUCAACAAUAACUGUUUGUGAUUUGAAAGAAAAGAUAAAUCUGGAUGUAUAUUGAAUGUUUGUUAAAAUUUGAGAAGAACCAAA